AUGGAAUGCCUUAUUUGUAUUCCAAGCAGAAAGGUACUGUAUGGGGCGAAUCAAGAUAAAAUUAGAAUGAAAGGUAGAGUAUUGUUAGAUUAUUAUUUAAGAAAGUCUCUCUAUCAUAAAGAAUCACUUCAUCCCUUUAUAAUAAAUAUGCUGAAUCUCAAAACUAUUAUUACACCAAGGUAGUUAAUGAUUUGAUACUCAACUAACCAACAAAGGCUACAAUUUGGUUUAAAGUAUAAUAUUUUCAAUUUUGACAAGGAUUUAGAAUAAUAUGAUUAAGAAGUGGAACAAUGCAAAAAACUCUACUCGUUAUAAUCAUAUCCAAAGAAAAUCAAGAUUUUGGUUGAAUUUUAUAGAGUAUACAUAAUUCAUAACAUUUGCAGUUCCAUAAGGAUAUUCCAAGGUGGGCCGUUAAUGAAUAAAUAGUUUACAUCUUAAACGAAUUUUACAAUCAAAGAAGGAAAUUGGAAUACUAUAAAAUACAACAUAUAAUCGAAUUGGAAAACCAAUAAAACCCCAAUAGAACUCCCAAAGGUAUUGUGGGGGAACAACCUUAAGAAUCCUAAAGCACUCCCAAAUCUUCUUAGGAAUCAGGUUAAGUAGUUGGAAAUGUUUUGGAUGAAUUGAAUACGGAGUUAAAAUAAAGGACACAAACUUAGUAAAGUGAAAUUAAUGAAAUUAUUUCUGCUUUAAAUGCUAAUCCAAUGAGAAAACAACCAAACUUAUAAUAAAUAAUCAACAACCAGCAAUUUAUUCUGAAUGAACAAAGAUUAUAGUAGUUCAUAACCUCCGAGAAACUUAAAAAAAUCAACUUAAUCAUAAAUCAAUAAAAAGCCACCAGUCAGACUCACAGAGAUCACAAAUAAAUGUAAGACAAGAGUAAUUCCUUCAAAACAUAAAAUUUCAAAUAAAACUGUUUGACUUCAAGAAACAAGACAUCCAAAACUGCUCAUGCCCAGAUUCUAAGCUUAUGUAAAAUAUAACAGUUAUUAAUUUAUAGUAAAAUAAAGAGUAAAGGUUAAAUUAGAAUUAAAAAUCCAAACGAAAGCGAAGGCCCUUACCAGUAACACUUCAUUAAGGAGUCUCUAAAAAAAUAUUGAAUCGCCAAAGACAACAAGAAAUGUCUAAUUGUAAAAAUAACGAUUUAACUAAAAGAAAUCUUUGAAAGCGAAUACAUUCCAUGUAAAUCAAUCGAGCAAGUACAAUAUCACUUAAUAAUUAGAAAUUUAAUUGUGAGUUUGUUGGCUAAUAGAAACACGACUGUGCAUGUCGAUGCAAAUUAAAAAAAUCUCCUUUUGGCGAAAUUGAAUAUCCUAAACACCCCUAGAUAGAUUUUAAAUUGA